CCCUGUAUACCACAAUGCCCUCGGUGUUUUACCGCCAACAAAUUUGUGUCGGCGCCUGCAAUAUCGAGAGGAUACGAGUGAGUCUAGGUGGCGUUCAGCGCACACGGAGCGACUUGUGGAGAGCAGCGCGUGAACAGUGGGCACGAUGCCUCCCCUGUGUGCGACGACGAGAAGGUCACUAUGGGCUAGUAACAUCUGUGCAAUUAACCCGCAUAUAUCACUUCCAAUGAGCGGAAUGCUCGGCUAAUGUAAACAAAAUGGUUUGAAGCGAUCCGAGGGUCGACGAAAACACCGCCCGUUGCCGUCCCACCAGGGUGCCGUGCGUCCGUCAUCAUGUGGAAGUGCCACAAAUGCGGCAAGCCCGUUUACUUCGCUGAACGUAAGCAGUCCCUGGGAUACGACUGGCAUCCGGAAUGCUUGAGGUGCGAGGAAUGUGGGAAGCGAUUGAAUCCCGGGCAACAUGCGGAGCAUAAAGGCGUGCCUUAUUGUCACGUUCCUUGCUACGGGGCUCUAUUUGGACCUCAGCUGUUCGGCCACGGCACACGAGUGGAGUCGCACACGAGCUUCGGGAAGAAGGAAAGUCGACCGUCUCUACCGAGAUCGCAUUUAGAAUCCAAACUGAAAGUUUUCAAUCAGUAUUACGAAGGCAAAAGUGGAGGAAUUCGAAGUCGUGAGGUUAACGGAAGAUUGAUACUAGAAGGGGCGUUGAGAAUUUAUUGGGGGGUCCGUGGUGUGAUUCAUCUGAAGGAAGAUGACGAUCAGCGCACAGUAGUUACCGCGCGAAACAGGAACUCGUGCAGGCACAGUGUUUCUGAGGACGUCGAGGAUGAAGAAAAAGAAGACGAGCUGUCUAAGAGCACGUCGGACAGCAACGCGGAGAACAACGCAAAGUCUGUCCCGACAUCGCCCGAUCAUUUGAAGAGUCUCACUCUGCCCAUGAAACUGGACGUCAAGACCAUGGAAUGGGACGAGCUGGACGAACUCCUGCAGGUUGAACGAAAGAUCGAGGAUGGCAACAAGUUGUAUCAGACGAUGCCUGAGAAUCUUCCGUCAAUAAGUUCGCAAUCUAGCGCGGACACGCCACCGCUCUCGUCUCAGUCGAGUCUCGAUCGCUCGGACUCGCGCGAGAACUCGGAGACGAGCAGUCCCAAUCACCAGACUACUAGCCGAGACAACGACAGUAGUCUAAAUAGCACGCCAACGCACAGCAUAGGUAGUUCUUCCAGUACAGACACCCCCGUCUGUAAUUUAGGAGCUUCUAAUCGAAAUGGCACGCUUCGAAGAGUCGAGUACUUCGACAGCUUAGAGAAGAGCAACAAGUCGAUUAGCACCGACGACAGCUGGAUCGAGAAGGGUCUGAACCGAUCGUUGUCUGGCCCCGACUGCCUUCAGAGACACAGAACUGACAGUGACACGGAUUCGGUCAACUCUUUGCAGUUCAGAGAAGACGACAACAUGACUAUGUCUACAGACAGCGGAUUAGAGCUGGAUGGUGUCGUUUUACGUCGCAAGCAAGGCUCCACCGCGAUCAGGCGACGCCCGGGCGGUAGACGUCAGUCGCGAAACCGACUGCGACGUCGUUGCUCGAUCAACGGCCACUUUUACAAUCGAGAGACCAGUUUCUUCACGCCGCCUCACGGUUCGCAGAUGUCCGUUUGGGUGACGAGUCUAGUGAACACGCAGGAAGUUAUCAAUCUUAUGCUCGACAAGUACAAAGUCGAUGCAAAGUCCGAUAACUUUGCAUUAUUUGUAGUCCGCGACAAUGGUGAGCAAAGAAGACUGAAGGACGACGAAUACCCUUUGGAAGUCCGAGUAGUCUUGGGUCCGCAUGAGAACGUCGCACGACUGUUUCUGGUCGAUAAGUUGUCCACGCCUGAGAUCAGCUCCGAUGUCGCGCAGUUCCUCAAUCUAUCUAUAGCAGAAUGCCAUGGCAUAUUGCAACGUUAUCACUACGAAGAGGAACGUCAGAUUGUUCUUUUGAAAGAAAAAUACAAAGAAAUGCGAAAAAGAAUAAAGCAAAGAAUGGAGGAGCUGAAAGUUCGGUUAUAGGUAGAAUGACGAGCGAAUUUCCACGCAUGGAUACCCACGCAGUUAUUUUUAUAAGGGCUUAAAAAAGUUUCUUUGUAAAAAAAAAAGAAAUAUUCAUGCGGCAGGAGUCUAUGACUCGUACCAUGCCGAAUAGGUGUGUAUUGCAGUAACAUGACACAAUCCGCGACAUAAAGCGUUUUUUAAAUAUCGCACAAUAUACGCCUGCAUUUUCAGUUUUAUUUGUAGCUUAAUACUUCGUUAUCAUGGUCUCUUUCGUUUCGAAUUUCUGUUGCAUUUAUCUACAAUCGUUAUAUAUAUAUAUGUAUAUGGAAAUGCAAUUAAUUAGUAUACUUUAAUGUGUACAAGGAGAUUGAAUCUCUAGUGAUUUUAUAUCGAACUUUGGCGUUUAUCAGAGAUAACAUUAUGUGAUAGACGUAACAUAUGAAAUUAUAUACUAUUCUUCUAUCUUGUUAUAUAACUUUUUGAGUAAUUGAAAUUAACGGAAGAUAUACAAGAAUAUUUUCAAUUUACUUUAUAUUGUAGACAAGGCGAUUAAGGAUCCGAACAAUAUUAAUAUAAAUUGCUAUCGCUGCAAUGGUUAUUGCUUAAAAAAUUAAUAUUUAAUUUAAUUUUAUAAGCAAUUGCUAUUAUUUAUUUAUACAAUUAACUAAUUGUAUUGAUGAAGAAUCGAGAAAGAAAUUAUAUUCGAUGUUUCUCUCUGCAUGAAUGUUUAUAGUCACAUGAAAUUCUACUGUCACGAUGGAUAGAACAUUGUGUUUUAUCGUAAUUUUUCAGCAUUCCGACAUCUCGAUGAAGUGAUAAAAAGUAAGGAAGAGAUAUUUUUCUAUUAAGGACUUUCAAAGGAGAUCCGUUUAACGAACGUGAAGUCACUUUUAUCGAAUGUCGUUAAUAACUGUUAAGAAUUUAAAGUCUUCUAUCCUUUGCAUGUCAACGUGGCCCAGAUAUAAGUAGAUACAAAUAUUACGUAUUCAGCCGUGCACAAUUGCUGUCAGAUACUCUGAUACCGCAAUCCGAGACUAUUGUUGCGCGAAACAAAUUGCAGGGCGCAAAACAAAAUGCAGCACGCAGCAAUUAAUCGUCAGAAUAUUGUAACGCGCCGCGAAUCUAUGGAAUCGCCGUUUCAAGCUAGUCAUGUUUCACGCUUAGUCACUGAUAUCGAUUGCAUCCAUCCUAUUUUCACCUAAAGGCCAAAAGCGACAUAUACUGAGCCACGUUUACGUACAUUACAAAAUACAUUGUACAUGCUCUCGGUCUGCCAGUUUAGAAUAAUAAAUAACGAGUACGUCAUGACGCGUAAUGAAGAUAUAUGUAAUUUAGCAUAUCUACAGAUAGACUUGUAUUAAAGGAUUGUAACCUCCUAGAUCGUAGACGACUUUCGUUAGCAGUUAAAAAAAAAGUGUAAUCCUCAUAAUCGUAUAUUGAUUAACAGAACAGAUCGCAUUAUUGUGACGCUAGAAUGUAAGUUGGUCGAUUCGCGCAGAUUAACCGUUUUCUACUGCUGAUAGAUGAGUAAAUACAUAUAUACGGGUGUAUAUAUUUUUUUCCGAUUAUGUGCCGAGUAGCCAGAUAAAAAUACUUGAAAAUAACCAUGACAUAGUGAGUGUGUUUUGCAUUAGAAUGGAAUAAACUACAAAACUGAAAGUAAAUACCUGAACACGAGACAUUACAAAAAGAAACCCGAUUUGGAUUGCCAUGGAUUUAUGUAACAAAUGUUGACAGAAUAAUAAAGUGAUACGGUUGCUUUUAUA